AUGGCAAACUUGAAUUUCCAACAGCCUCCGAGAAGUAUACCAAGUAGUGCAUCGUUGAGUGGGAGAGGAGGUACUGCAGGUGGCUUCGGUAAUAGCUCAUUAUCGGGCCAUGUCACACCAACGUCUGGUAUGUUUCCAAGUGCAGCAACGGGAGCGGGAAGCUUCAGUACAAGUCAACAGCCACCUCACUCGCAACAGCAGCAGCAGCAGCAGCAGCAGCAACAGCAGCAGCAAGGACAGCAGCAGCCGGGAAGUGGGCAGCAGCAGUCGUCGGUGGUCGGUGGUCAGCAGCAGCAGCAACAGCAACAGCAGCAGCAGGGCCAGCAAAGUCAACCUCCGCAACUGUCACCGAGUUCUGCGGUUGCGGCAGCAGCAGCUGCGGUGGCCGCGGCAGCGAGGAAUGUCGUCGGCGGAAGUGUGGGAUCGGCGGGGAGUGGUGGAGCGAGCAGUGGUGGAAGUUCCGGCACGAGUGGGGGAAGUGUGGUCGGUGGCGGAAGCAACUCGAACCCAGCGACCUCGAAUAGUGCUAGCACCAAUGGUGGUUCCCAGCAGCAGCAGCUAUCCUCCUCGAAUUCGUCCGCAUCUGCGAGUAGCGCGGCGGCGAACGCGAGGAACAACCUCUUCGGCGGUGGUGGUGGCGGCGGCGUCGGCGGCGGGGGCGGUGGACAGCGAGGCUUCACGGACCGAAGGGCUAUGCCGGGACUCAGUGGAACGACGAUGUCUAACAUGGUCUCGUUCAUGCAGUCACGAGUAUAUGGAUCUCAGAGCGGGAAUAGCAUCAACAAUUUCCAUUCGGUGUUCGACAACGGAUCGGCGGAGACGGGAACGCCCCCGCUGCUCGACCUGUCCGAGUUUCCAUCGCUCACGAACGCGCGGGGCGGCCAGGGCGACCAGUCACUACCGCAGUCGAACGCUCUCCAGCCGCCCGGGAGUAAACCCUACGGUAAGUUCGGUAUGGUAAAACAGCCAACGUCGGAGCAGACCGAGUUCACGAUGUCUAGUGAAGACUUCCCGGCGCUACCUGGCACCCAGCUCGCGGCGGAAAGUGGUCAACUGGGGGCGAGCCAGAGCCUGCAGGGCGUUCACCAUCACCAUCAUUCGGAUCAUCUUGGUGCGGACGGUUUGGGAAAGACCGGCGGGGGCCCCAAUGGCGGGGCGGCCGGUAUGGGAAUGGACCUGCAGAACGACGUCGGCAACUCGAUUCCCAGCAGUCUAGACAAGGGCGCCCUGAAACGAGGCGUACAAACAUCACCCGAUGGAUUGGUAACGAAUAUUCCUGCUAGUAUGGUCAAUAACCAAUUUGGUAUGGUUGGUCUCUUAACGUUUAUCCGCGCCGCCGAAUCCGAUCCAAACCUGGUAACGUUAGCGAUGGGUCAAGACCUGACGGCACUGGGACUGAAUUUGACUUCGGUCGAAAACCUGUAUCCUAGCUUCGGCGGCCCCUUCGCCGAUUCUCCGGCGAGGUAUGGAUUGCCCCAAGAUAUCGACUAUAACGUACCACCAGAGUAUUUGAUCAACAUGUCAAUAAGGGAUAAGCUGUCGAAGCUAACGUUGCAAAAAUACAAGGAUGAUCUAUUAUUUUAUUUAUUUUAUACGAAUGUUGGUGAUGUGAUGCAGCUGGCAGCCGCAGCAGAACUACAUAGUCGAGAUUGGCGAUACCACACGGAGGAGAAGGUGUGGAUCACCCGUGUGCCGGGCAUGACACCGUACGAGAAGAAUGGCACAACGGAACGUGGCACGUAUUACUACUUCGAUGCGCAAAAUUGGCGACGGGUGCCAAAAGAAUUUCAAGUGGAUACAAUGAAGUUAGAUAAAUGUCCAAAUCCAAGUGCUUACGUUGCGAUGAGCGGACAGCCUGUAUAAUAUUUAUUAAUUUGUAAUUAAAAAGGAAAAAAAUGCAGAAAAACAAGAAGCAGAUGGAAAAAAUGAAAAAAUUAAACAAUUUUCUGAUUCAGUAAAAUUCUA